AUUUAUCCCCAAGGGAGGCAGUUAUUUUAGAUUUUACUAAGAAGUCAGCAAACAUUUUUCAACAUUCCCUUCUGUCCUUUCUUUGUUUUAAAGAAAGCUCUGAUUUUGUUUCAUUUUCAGCUGGAGACUUAAAUGACACCAAGCAAAGCCUACUUAGUUUAGAUUUCCAGAAAUUGGCCGGUGAAAAAAGUCAAACAUGAAGUUUGCAGUUUUGUUUUGUUUUUUUCUGCUUAUCAUUUUUCAAACUGACUUUGGACAAAAUGAAGAAAUUCCUAGGAAGCAAAGGAGGAAGAUAUAUCACAGAAGGUUGAGGAAAAGCUCAACCUCACCCAAGCACAGAUCAAACAGACAGCUUGGAAUUCCGCAAACAACAAUUCUUACACCAGUAGCAAGAUUUCCUAUUGUUAACUUUGAUUAUAGCAUGGAGGAAAAGUUUGAAUCCUUUUCAAGUUUUCCUGGAGUAGAAUCAAGUUAUAAUGUGUUACCAGGAAAGAAGGGACACUGUUUGGUAAAGGGCAUAACCAUGUACAACAAAGCUGUGUGGUCACCUGAGCCCUGCACUACCUGCCUCUGCUCAGACGGAAGAGUGCUUUGUGAUGAAACCAUGUGCCAUCCCCAGAGAUGCCCCCAAACAGUUAUACCUGAAGGGGAAUGCUGCCCAGUCUGCUCUGCUACUGAACAAAGAGAACCUACCAAUUUACUUCAUAAGCAACUGCCACCUCCUCAGGUGGGAAUGGACCAAAUAUUAAGAAAAGAAGUACUUCAAUCUGAGGAGGAUGAAGAAAUGAAAGAAGAAGAUACAGAGCAAAAGAGACAGACCCCUGGAUCUAGAAACCAGGGGCAACUUCAUAGUGAGAGGGACAGCAGAGGAGGAGACAGAAAGCAGAGACCUGAAGAGGAGAGGAGGUUGGCACACCAGCAACAACGCCAAGGCAGGGAGGAGGAGGAGGAGGAGGAGAGUGAGGAGGGUGAGGAAGAUGAGGAGGACGAGGAGGACCCGGUAAGAGGAGAUAUGUUCCGAAUACCUUCUCGAUCCCCACUUCCUCCUCCUCCCAGAGGCGCACUGCGCCUGCCAAGCGGGUGCUCUCUGUCCUAUAGGACCAUCAGCUGCAUCAAUGCCAUGCUCACUCAGAUACCACCGCUGACAGCACCACAGAUAACAAGUCUGGAGCUUACUGGCAAUUCCAUCGCCUCUAUCCCAGAUGAAGCAUUUAAUGGAUUGCCAAAUUUGGAAAGGCUUGAUCUGAGCAAAAAUAAUAUCACUUCUUCAGGCAUAGGUUCAAAAGCAUUCAAGCUUCUGAAGAAGUUAAUGCGUUUGAAUAUGGAUGGAAAUAAUUUGGUACAGAUUCCUUCAGAAUUACCAUCUACAUUAGAAGAACUUAAAAUCAAUGAGAACAAUCUUCAGGCUAUUGAUGAAGAAAGUUUAUCAGGUAGGUGCCCCACGUUCUGUGCACUUGACAUUGUUGGAACCACCUCCUCUUCUGCUUCUCUUGAGGAAUUACAUCUAGAAAAUAACCAAAUUGAAGAAAUAACUGAAAUUUGUUUCAAUCAUACCAGAAAGAUCAAUGUCAUUGUACUACGUUAUAACAAAAUUGAAGAAAAUAGGAUUGCUCCUUUAGCCUGGAUAAAUCAAGAAAAUCUAGAAUCCAUUGAUCUCUCCUACAACAAGCUCUAUCACGUCCCCUCCUAUCUACCCAAGUCCUUGUUGCACCUUGUGCUCCUUGGGAACCAGAUUGAACGGAUCCCUGGCUAUGUGUUUGGCCACAUGGAACCAGGUCUGGAAUACUUGUACCUGUCAUUUAACAAACUUGCUGAUGAUGGCAUGGACCGUGUGUCCUUCUAUGGGGCAUAUCAUUCCCUGAGGGAAUUAUUUCUGGAUCACAAUAACUUAAAAUCGAUACCACCUGGGAUACAAGAAAUGAAAGCACUACAUUUUCUGAGGCUGAACAACAACAAGAUACGGAAUAUUCUUCCAGAACAAAUUUGCAAUGCUGAAGAAGAUGAUGACUCAAAUCUGGAACAUCUUCAUCUUGAAAACAAUUACAUCAAAAUUAGAGAAAUACCAUCUUACACAUUUUCAUGCAUAAGAUCAUAUUCAAGUAUUGUUCUUAAACCACAAAACAUCAAGUGAUUCCAAGUUUUCCUUUGCCAUUUAUAAACUUUACUCAUAUAUUUGUAGUAGCUGCAGUUGUCUUAUUUUGUCUUUAAUAAGAGAGACAUGAUCCUCCUGUUAUACUCAGUAUCAUUAUAUGCUAGUCAACCUGAUUCGCCAAUCCACAGAUGAACAACCAAAAUAUACCUAAAAGGUGUAGUCUUCUAAGAGUUUUAUUAAUAGUAAAGGUAAAAUCUCUCUGUUUCCCACCUCCAGAAAGAGGCCAUCUCACCAGAAUAGGAUAUUAUGCAUAUUGAGCUAGACCAGAAGAGUCUGGGACAAAACAAACACAUCCUUUAUAAUCAGCUUGAGUACUGGUAUUAGCUGAGAACUCUGUAAGUCCCUUUAAAAAUUAUCUAUCUUAUGGUUCAAGAUUAAGAAGCAUAAGGGCAAGAAAAAAAAAACAGGCAGAAUUUAUGAAUAGUUUUUUAGUAUUCUGUUAAAACAAUAAUUUAUUAAUUUCCUAUAAGGCCUUAUGCUACUGGUAUAAAUAUAACUAAGUAUUGGGGUAGUUUUAAUUUCUUCUAUUAAUUACUUGUGUGAAAUUAAAACACUACUAUAAUGUUAAAUUCCUGCUUUUGAAAAUUGUAUUAUGGUUAUGUACAUUGUUAACAUUAUGGGAAGCUAGCAGAAGGGUGCACAUAAAUUCUAUACUAUUUUUGAAACUUCUAUAAUUCUAAAAUUAUUUUUUAAAGUUAAAACAAUAUAUUAACAUCACCUUCACUAUUCUUCACUCAAGAUUAAAAAACUUGGAAAGCAGUAGAGUUUGCUUAAAAUACAUUAAUUAUUCUUGACUAUAACCUUGUAAAGGUAAAUCUAAUGUAUAAAUUUUUGAAAAUUUUUGCGCCACUGGUCAUAGCAUCUAUCUCCUUUGCCUUAAUUUACUGAACUAUAUCAUUUUAUUCAGUUCAAUUGAACAUAAAGUCAUGUCUUUACUAUGUAUUGGCCCUACCAAAACCAUAUAUUAAAUUUUUAUAACAUAA